AUGGCGUUCACGAUGCACUCCCACUCGGGGCAGUUCUGCCCCGGCCACGCCAAGGACCAGCUCGAGUCCAUCAUUCAGCACGCCAUCAGCAUCGGCUACAAGACCAUGGGCCUGACGGAGCACAUGCCGCGCCUCGAGACGGCGGACCUCUACCCGGAGGAGCUCGAGGAGGGCGACCCGGCCGCGGCGCUCGCGGUCCUCGCCCCUCGCCACGACGCCUACCUUGCCGAGGCGCAGCGCCUGCGCGAGAAGUACGCGGGGCAGAUCGACCUGCUCAUCGGCUUCGAGGGCGAGUGGUACCGCCCCGCGUACGGGCCUUUUAUCAGGUCGCUCGCGGCGCACCCGGCGGUGGAUUAUUUCAUUGGCUCGCUGCACCACGUCAACGCGGUGCCGAUCGACUACUCGCGCGAGAUGUACGUCGACGCGAUGAACACGGCCGGCGGGUGCGAGGAGCGCAUGUACGAGCGGUACUACGACCAGCAGCACGAGAUGCUCACGGCGCUGGAGCCCAAGGUGGUCGGCCACUUCGACCUGAUCCGCCUGAUGAGCGAGGACCCCGCGCGGGAUGUGAGGAAGUGGAAGGGCGUGUGGGAGAGGGUUGUGAGGAAUCUGGAGGUGGUGAAGGGGUACGGGGGCCUGUUGGAGUGUAACAGCAGCGCGUUGAGGAAGGGUCUUGCGGAGCCGUAUCCUUGUCGAAUCAUUGCUGAGAAAUGGCUCGAGAUGGGGGGUGAGUUCACGUUCUCUGACGACAGCCACGGCAUCGCCCAGGUCGCGACGAAUUACAAGCGCAACCUGGACUAUCUCGAGAGUCUUGGUGUCAAGGAGGUGUUCACGUUUGAGAGGGGGCCGGUAGAGGGUGUCAACGGGCAUGCGAAGUCGACGUUGCGAAGGAAAGCCGUGGCGUUGGGUGUGUUCCGAGAGAACUUCAACUAG